UUUCGAAUUAGUUGCUAAGUUGAGUAUCUUGUUGUUCUUGGCAGCCAAAUACGCAGCUGAAGAAAGCAAGAAAACGAAAGGCGGAAAGAGAGAAAACAUGGGAGAAAAUGACGCUGAGAAAAAUUUGGUGGUUUGUUCUGGAGAAGAAGAAGAAGAUAGCCCAAUAAGGGCCAUAGUUUUUCUUAAAUGUAAAGACGACAUAAAGCGCUUCGAGAAAACCGAGGAUUGCUUCAUCCUUGACUUUGAUCCAUCUCAGUCCCUUGACUUCUCCAAGAUUUCCCUGCACGAUAAUGAUGCCGCCGCCGCUGAUGUCUCCGUUCUUGCCCAACUUGGUCCGGUAGCUUGCAGGGAUUACCCGCACUCAAGGCAUCUUUGUCUUGAAUUUCCAUUCACUACAAAACCUCAUGAGAGCUAUUGUCAGAUGUGCUACUGCUAUGUGUGUGAUUCAGCAGCUCCUUGUAAAUAUUGGACCCAACCUUUAUCCCCGCAUUGUGAUGCAGAUGGUUCUAGUUACUGGAAGGGCCAGAGGAAUGACAUGAGACUGGUAGCUAAGGCUAACUAGUUGUAUAAAAAGAUUAACUUUGAAGUUUGCUUUUUGGAUAUACUUGUUGAGUAUUAGUAACAUAGCAUAUAUCAUGUAAGCUUACAUUUUGUUGAAGGAUAGAGGGUACUAUAGUUCUGGGGUGUCUGCAAUGAUCAUUGUAAGCAUUAAGCAUAGAGUAUAUUGUAAUUUUGGAACAGGAAUAUCCAAUAUGAUGUUUUUUAGUAUUUUA